UAGGAGCAACAUUUUAUCGCGGUUAGCCGUGGCGGCCGGAGUUGGUGGUCGUUGGUAUAUCUCAUCCCGUCGUUUUACGUCGUCAUCGUUCUCUGUAGCCUUGCUCGCGCAUCGUAUAUACGCCGUGUCCGCUCUCUGUCUCUCUUUCUCUCGCGGUUCGUCCAGUGCCGCGAGUGCUCUUGCGCGCGAGCGUUUGUACGCGCUCGCUGUUCCGGGAGCUACGAGGAGAGAAAGAACGACAGCGGAUUUCGCACACAGUGAUCGCGCGAGUGCGAGCGUCAUCCACGGCGAUGUCGACGACGCCGAAAUGCUUGGAGGAGUCGCUGGGCGAAUCAUGGGUGGAGCUGAGCCCCGUGCCGGAACGGGUAACACCGCAGCCGUUUAGCAGCGCCGGCGAGGAAUACCUGCGUCUUCUGCGGGAGGCACAAAGGGACUCCACACACUCGUCCGAGAGGCAUUCCCUGGCAUCUUCGCACCGAAACAGCCCAAAGGGCAGUCCGAAAAGCCCGCCGAACAGCCCGAACACGGAACUCUCGAUUGAAGAUGAGCUCAAGGGAGUCUAUAUCAAUUACAGCAGCAGCAGCAGCAAGGAGGCCGAACAGCUGCUAGACAAGAGCAGGGAUUGGAUCUACGAGUGGAGCUCUCGACCGGAUCAGGCGCCACCAAAAGACUGGAAAUUCAAGCAUCCGUUGGGCAUGGGUAAGAGGAAAACGUACAGCAUCCGCACGACGAAAGUUGGAAAGAACGGCUUGUUUUCCAAGGAAGUCAUCUACACCCUAUUCUUCACGAACUUCUUGUCUCUGCUUAUCGGGACUGGUCUUGGCGUUCUGCUCACCAGGCGGGGCCUCUUCAUGUCCCGCGUCGCUAUCGAGUAAAGGACAUGAUUGUGGGAGUGUCUGCAUAGAAAAUUGGUCACGCUUGAACGGAGAGAAGGGCCGGAGAUCGAGAUGCAAGAAAGACUGAACAUGCCGGCGGGCGAUCGAGCCUAAAACAGAAAAUACGCAGCACAUAAUUCGAUUGUCCCGAUUUAAUAUUUUUUAGCACUUUGUAUUUUACUCCCCUUCUCCCCUCCCUUAACUGUACGGUGUACUUGUCAGAUAUUGCGUAUAUACGAUGCAAGUAAUACGCAUUAUAUGCUUAGGCGACGGAAAAACUAAAGAAAAGGGAAGAAAAGUGCGAGGAGGAGAAAAAGAAGGAGGGAAAGAAGCGGCGAAAGAAGAAGAAGAAGAAUGAGAAGAAUCUAUCGUAGUAGUAUCUAAAGUUGUUGAAAGGAAAAGAAGAAUGUGCGAAACAUGUCCAUUUUAUACUGUUUCUAAUACGUUUCUAUGCGAUAGUUUGUAGGCAUAGCUUGAAUAGUAUUUAUCAGAAAACUAAUUAUAUAUAUAUAUAUAUAUUACUUGUUAGAGCAAAGAAUAAGGAGUGAUAGAGAGACUGAGCGAACGAAUGCAAGCGCAAGGGAGAGAGAGAGAGAGAGAGAGAAAGAGAGGGAGAGAGUGUGUGUUUGUUGCACGGUGUAGUAGUGAGGAGGAGGGGAAUUAAGGGCACGAGGCGAGUUUGAGGGAACGAAAACACAGCUGAAUAACAGCAUGAGUAAAAACAGGCAAAAAAAAUUGCGAUCGCUGGAGACACGGGCAAUUCCGGGAACGCUGGACGACUCGUCCUUUUCAUGCGGGUUACGCAUGACUCUUGCAUUGAACUCCGAGACAACAUUGAGGCUUUUUGGUUCGCGAGAAUGAAGAGGAACCGUAUGUCGUGUCUCUGAGAAAUCCAAAGUUCAGUCGAGUCGCCACGGCAACAGCGUAAUCGCGGUGUUCUUCUGCCGAAUAAUCGCGCGAUGCUUCUCAGUAAUGAUCCUACCAGGAGAGUCAGAAUGAGAUAGUUCCUAUAGAGGAAGUGUUGUUCACCCUUCUCUCGACGUCGAGAUAACCACAAGCGGGCAACCGGAAAAAGGAGGGACCACGAGGGCGUGCGAGCGUGUACGAGCUCGCUUACGGUUGAAUGGCGAGGCGAGAUUUCAGAGUGGCGUUUUUGUACAAUAUACAUAAUAUAUAUUAUAUAUAUAUACACACACAUCUCUUAAUACCUCUGCAAUUUUUUAUAAUUUCCUUGCGACAAAUUCACAUAGAGCGAAGACCACACGUAUGACCCGCGAGUACGUUUUAUAGUCUGCAAUCGUUUAUUCAAGACGGUCGGCUCGAUCACGACGCGCAAUUGUCGACUGUGGCUACGUCCCGACAUUCACUGGCAAUGUUGAAAAGCUGUAGUUUACGUCACUAUAGAUUUUCAAUACUGUGCACAUCGGAGCGCAGUCUGUGUCUCUUUAAAGUUUUCAAGCACGCAGUAUUCGGCAGAUUCACACGAACAAAUCCUUUUCAAGACGUUGCGAAGAUUCGACUCGGGCGUCGUGUAAUUUGGUUGUCAUGAUUCAUCGGGUUCGAACUCUUUCCUCAGCUCACCCCGUACUCUUUUUCCGUGUAAUUGUUAAAAACAUGCUUGGAUUGUGUUCGUGUGAACGUAGAAGAAAGAAUUAGACUAUCACAUAUAUAUGUGACGCUGGUCUCUCACGAGAUCGGUGGGAGUCACACUUGUGUGUGUGACGCCGAUGGCGAACGUCAAGAGAGCGAUCAUUCAAGUCUUGUUCAAUGUGCGUUUUCCGACCAAGAAGUUGGACGAGUUCGUGCGAGAACGUUCUGUGAGUGUAUGCGACGUAUGUGUGCUGGCUUUUUUUUUCUCGACGGAAAUUUUGUUUUCGCGCGAGGAUGAUGUUUUCAGAGUUUGCGUAUUUUGUUACCUUAGGCGACGAAUGGAACGGAGAGCGAUCAGAUUACAAAUAAUUCAUCAAAGAGAUGUGGUGGUAUGUGAGCGUGCUCGCAACGUGACUCUUUUGAGUUUUGAUUGUAAUCGAUGAAGUGCGACAGAUUGAGAAUCUUGGGAUCGCUCGUGUUAAAUGAUAAUAGAGGAAAGAGAGAGGAAGACAGGACUAAUUUUCAAACGCGAAGCGUGCAACGCACAUAGCAAUUGCGCGCUGUUCAUUUUCGUGACUGUCAGUAAAAUCGGCAGACACGUUUCCCCCCUCCCCGGAUGUUUGAUGAAUUGACAGAUUCUCCUUCUGCGCUCUUGGCUAAGUCGCGUUAUUUAAUUUACGGUAAUGAUAUUCAACGUGUUUUUUCAUAAGUGAUUAUUUUGUAAUAUUGUCUGUAUGUCAUACGCAUAAUAAUAAUAAUAUUCCGUACGUAGUGAUGGCGUUGGUGACUCUUUGGCGUUUUGCGGGCGCUCGAUCCUCUUUCGACCAAAUGUGUUUCUUUUCAAAGGAUAUCUCUCCGCCGCAUCUUUUCGCUAAACUCGGAAAGUUCCAAUCGAAAAUGAUUUAUACACAAGCGCUACGAGAAAUAAAGGGUUUUGUAAAUUCAUAA